UACUUAGGAUUGGAAGCAAGACAAUACAUUAGAAUGCAAACCUCUGUCCAUCAUGCUUCAAAUUCCUCAAUACGUAUUGCUGUCAAUUGGAGAGAUAAUACAUGCCAUUAGUAUUAUAGAAUUUGCAUAUAACGAAGCUCCCGAAAAUAUGAAAUCCAUUGUUCAAGCUUUUCUUUUCCUGAAUGCGGCGUUUGCAAAUUUCAUAAUUCUCAUUAUUCAGCAAUUAAAAUUUUUAACUGAAGAGUCUUACAAAUUAUUUUUUUAUUUCGGCCUGGGGAUUUUGGAUAUUACUGUUCUAAUAGUUUUGUCAUACAACUAUAAAUACAGAAAUGACGUUACAGGAUUUGAAUCUCUGUCAACAAAGAAAAGACGAAUGCCAUAGAAACGAACAAUGUCUUUUAAAUAACAAGCUAUUCUCUAUUGUAAUAUUUGUGUAAAGAUAUAAAUUUUAUAUAUUAUAAGUAUAGCACAUACAGGAAGAAAAAAUUAUUUAUAGAAU